CCCACCCAUUCCUUAUUUAAAUCCCAUCAUCACUUUCUCACUUUCUUUAUUUUCACACAUUCAUCUUCAAUCUUACAACACCACCACCAUGUUCUUAAGAACAACCACCACCAUCUUCAUCAUCUUCAUCUUCAUCAUCUCAAUCUGCUUAUUUACAACAACAGCAACAUCAACCCUUUCUCAGAACAACACAAACUUCUCCUUCUCCUUUCCCUCCUUCACCCUCCGCAACAUAACCCUCCUCGGUGAUUCCUUCCUUCGCAACGGCCUCGUCGGCCUCACCCUCUCCACCACUGUCCCCGCCUCUUCCUCCGGCACCCUCUUCUUCAACCAUCCCAUCACCACCACCCCUUCUUUCUCUCUCUCCACCAACUUCACCUUCUCCAUCACCAACACCACCACCUCCGCCACCCCCUCCUCCACCUUCUCCUUCUUCCUCAACUCCUCCCACACCCUCCUCUCCCUCAAUUUCCACCCCAACCAAAACCAUCUCACCCUCGACCUCAGCGUCUCCUCAAACUCCUCGAUUACCAACUCCACUUUGGUUGAUCUCAGCACCGACAUUCCGAUCACUUCUUGGGUUGAUUAUCACCACACCGACAAGAAAAAGCUUCAAGUUUUCUUGAACUACUCUUCACCAGCCACUUCCAAGCCUCAAAACCCUGUCUUGAGCGUUGACCUUGACCUUUAUGAGUACUUUAAGGACAGUCUCUACUUGGGGUUUUCUGGUUCCACCCAAGGAAGCACCGAGCUUAUCCAAGUCAUGAGUUGGAGUUUGGAGUUUGAGUCCAACUCGCACCCUCUGAUCAAUGGUUCUAGCAGCCCUUCGAAUGUUGCUGUCGAGGGCAUUCCUGUUUCUUCUAAUUCCACUCAGGGUAGUAAGAAUCGUGGUAAGAGAUUCUUGUUCGGUCUUUGUGUUGCCAUUGUUGGUCCUGCUUUUUUCUGCCUGGUGCUUGUGGUUUUGGGGUAUGUUUCUUUUCUGAAGUGGCGUGGUUUGAGGAAGAAGAAAGGUUUUGGAACAGUGGGAUGUUGUCCCAAAGAGUUUGGUUACAAGGAGGUGAAGUUGGCCACUAAGGGGUUUCAUGCCUCAAGGGUAAUUGGGAAUGGGUCUUUUGGGACAGUGUACAAGGCUUUGUUUGAGUCUUCUGGGACAAUAGCUGCAAUCAAAAGGUCAAGACAGUACGAUGGAAAAACUGAGUUUUUGGCAGAAUUAUCAAUUAUAGCUAGUUUGAGGCACAAGAAUUUGGUUCAACUCCUAGGUUGGUGUGUUGAGAAGGGUGAGUUGUUGCUUGUGUAUGAGUAUAUGCCAAAUGGAAGCUUGGACAAGGUGCUUUACCAAGAAUGUGAAGGUGGGAGUCCUAACCGUGUGUUGAGUUGGGUUCAUAGGGUUAACAUUGCUGUUGGGUUGGCGUCAGUUUUGAGUUAUCUGCAUCAGGAGUGUGAGCAGAGGGUGAUUCACAGGGACAUCAAAACAGGGAACAUAUUGCUAGAUGGAAGCAUGAAUCCAAGAUUGGGUGAUUUUGGGUUGGCCAAGCUUAUGGACCAUGACAAGAGUCCUGUUUCAACACUAACUGCUGGGACAAUGGGGUAUCUUGCUCCUGAGUAUCUUCAAUGUGGAAUGGCAACUGAGAAGACUGAUGUGUUUAGCUAUGGAGUGGUGGUGCUUGAGGUGGCUUGUGGGAGGAGGCCAAUUGAGAGGGAGGGACAAAAGAUGGUGAAUUUGGUGGAUUGGGUUUGGGGGUUGCAUUCUCAAGGGAGGAUCAUUGAAGCUGCUGACAGAAGGCUAAAUGGGGAGUUUAAGGAAGGAGAAAUGAAGAAGCUUUUGCUCUUGGGAUUGAGUUGUGCUAACCCUGACAGUGCUCAGAGGCCAUCCAUGAGAAGAGUGUUGCAGAUUCUCAACAAUGAAGGAGGGGUGUCUCUUGUGGUACCUAAAGAAAAACCAACACUUACUUUUUCUUCUGGCUUGCCUUUGAGUCUUGAAGACAUUGUUUCUGAUGCUGAGGAAGAGUUGAACUCUGGCCAGGUUGUGUGUGAGAUUAAAAUUGAUUGAAGAUGCUGAAUUUCUUGUUGUUAGUAUUAUUAUUUUUAUUAUUCAUUUGAUUCUUUAUUUCUUUAUGAACACUUUUUACCAAUGACAUUUGUAUUUGUGAUUGUAAUCUGACAUAUAUAGAGAAAUUCAGGUUUCAUUGAUUGAAGUUCAAGCUAUUACAUUGAACUUCAUGGUGAAAAUAAUGUAUUAAGACAGAGCAAGUGUGUUAUAUAUACCGAAAUCAACUUUGUUUCUGGUCAUAUAUUAGUAUUUCUCAAGCUUGCACUCUGAAACAAUUGUAUUGUCCACUUUCUAGUGAAAUAUAUUCUCUCUUAAAUCUUGAA